AUGGCUGACCAGGCCAGAGCAGCUGGGCGGGAGCGGCAACCACACUUACCGCAAGACAUGAACAUUAUGCGGUCGCAAAGGAUAGCCCCCGUGCCAUCUGCAGACCCGCGCUCCCCGCCCGCAAUGCUCGACGAUGAUGCCGAGGACGUCCCCGACCGAGCCCCGCCGAUACCGCGAUCGCAUACCCCCGGCCAUCUCUCCUCUACCUCCAAGAACCAAGACAGACGCAGCCGGCCCACCGACCUUUCGAUUCGCCAGCGCUCGCAAUCGUCGUCCUCUCUGUCCGCCGCGACCUUCUCAACCGCCUCGCUCACCUCACUCUCUACCAACAAGACAUCGACACCCACUAUCAUACGGCCGCCUAUAAUCGCCGAAGACGAUGAUGCCUUGGCUGCUGGAACGUCCUCGGGGAGAGAAAGACAGAACCUCUCCGCUGGUAGCAAUGGCAGCAGCAACAAGGAACCCCCGCGGCGCCCCCCCGCGCUGCGUUCGACGUCGGCUAUUGCCAGUCGCCCCGGCGGAUCAGACUCAGGCUCAGGCGUAGGCGCAGGCUCAAGCACUGCCCCCGGAACCAUAACCCGCAUGGGCACGGGUCGGGGUGCGCCAGCCAAGGGCGCCGAGGUACACACACUAUUCCCGCCGCUGGCCGACGCCCAGACAGCCGCUGAUGUGCCGGUGGCGCCGUCGUCGGGCAUGUAUUGGAGCCGGGCCCCGACGUCAGGGGCGCCGCACACAGCGCUGCGGGCGCACACCACAACGCUCGUUGGCGGCAAUGUGUUCGUGUUUGGUGGGUGCGACUCCCGCGCGUGUUUUAACGAGCUGUACGUGCUGGACGCCGACGCCUUCUACUGGUCGCGGCCGCACGUCGUCGGUGAGGUGCCCGUGCCGCUGCGCGCCAUGACGUGCACCGCCGUGGGGAAAAAGCUCGUCAUUUUUGGGGGCGGCGACGGGCCGGCGUAUUACAACGAUGUUUAUGUGCUCGACACGGUCAAUUUCCGCUGGACCAAGCCACGCAUUGUGGGCGACAAAAUACCGUCCAAGCGGCGGGCGCACACGGCGUGCCUGUACAAGAAUGGCAUCUACGUAUUCGGUGGCGGGGACGGCGUACGUGCGCUCAACGAUAUCUGGCGGUUGGAUGUCAGCGACACUACCAAAAUGUCGUGGAAACUCAUUUCGGGCCCGUCCGCGUCACUUGACGGCAAGUCACCCGUCGCAGGCGCCUCUUCCGGGCGUGACCACCGCCCCAAAGCGCGGGGCUACCACACGGCCAACAUGGUUGGCAGUAAGCUGAUCAUCUACGGCGGUUCUGACGGCGGCGAGUGCUUCAACGACGUGUGGGUCUACGACGUCGAGUCACACGUUUGGACGAUUGUCAAGAUUCCCAUUACGUACCGGCGUCUGUCUCACACGGCCACGAUUGUCGGCUCCUACCUCUUCGUCAUUGGGGGGCACGAUGGCAACGAGUACUCCAACGACGUGCUGCUGUUAAACCUCGUCACCAUGGCUUGGGACCACCGCCGUGUCUAUGGCCUUCCGCCAAGUGGGAGGGGCUACCACGGCACCGUUCUACACGACAGUCGACUGCUUAUGAUUGGCGGGUUUGAUGGGAGCGAGGUGUUUGGCGAUGUGUGGACGCUCGAGUUGGCGGUACACGCCUAUUACUCGCAGAUCAGCCACUUCACGAUCGAGGUUUAG